GGUGGCUGCCAACACGCCUGUCGGAACGUCGGGGUUGGGUUGGUUAGUUGCGACGCUGGCUGAGCAUCAUAUGACGAUCCCCUCUUGUCGCUUCUUUCACCGUCUCCAAUUCUUGACUUGACCUUGCCCUGUAAGACUCGGCUGUUGUCUCAGGCGAUUUAUUUAAAUACUGCAGUGGUUCACUCUCCGAUUUUAUUUGGAAGAGGUCGACCGUUGUAAAUCGUUCUAUAAGUUGAAACACAGCUCUCUUCAAUAUCACAUCACACUUACACGGCUCUCCAACACCCCGCUCUCCAACCACAUAGCGGCAUUGUGGUCGCCAAUUUGUCCCCAACAGGCCCUCUUCAUCUUCAAAGAAAGAGACUACUCUGCCUUUUUAUCUUAAAAUGUCAUCAAUUGCAAUCGCUUCAGCCGAGACCUUGUCUUCUCCCCCUCCCGAUCUCCAAGGCGAAGCUGAAUUGGAACAUCUUAAGAUCUCCUAUGCGCUUCGCCAGCAGCCCGUUUCCGUAACUCUUGAUGGUAAAACCAUCUUCUUGUCGUCCCUUAUCUUAGUUCUGCUUAUUCACUUCCUUGAUUCAUGUCACGCCGAGGUAGUCAUUGCUUCAUUCCCAAUAGUGCUGCUCGUCCACAACGACUACCAGAACUUCCUCAACCUUGGCCCUGGUGGCACGCCCUCCACUUUCAGCGGCUACCUGCGUAUAUCAUGGUUCCGUCUUUGGGCUCUCAGCGACCCGUUUGCGGCCCCAAAGCCUGACCCUAUGCGUCUCCCAACAUCAGGUAUCCUCCGACGCCAGCGUCUCCCAUACCGCGCAGGUCCUCGACCUGUUGUUGCUGGCAUAGCACCCCAAAGACAACUUGAUCAGCACGGAUCUCGAGUAUGCUACCGAGCUCUCCGUUGGUCCAUGGCCAAGUUAGCGAAUAGGAGCCCUAAAAAGUUUGGCACUGAGAAGUCGUGCAUAGAGAAGCAUGGGUUGGCACUGUUUGCCAGGCAUCCAGUACAAACGAAUUGCCAGGGCGAGAUCUGUCAUGUUCACGACUCGGACCACUCCAUGCAUAUGUGUUUACACCCGGACGAUAUCAAGGAGGUGUUAGAAAAAGGCUGGGGUCAGAGGCACCCACUCGCUUGGAGAAGUCGGUUCCUCAAGAGCCCCGUCUCCCCAGACUUUGUCAUGAUCUAUGCACCACGAGAUGACGAAGAAUUACAGGUCAUCUGCAAUAUUAUCGAAGCUGCUAUAUGGUACACUGUCGCCGAAGAACUCGAAAUGGGGAUAUGUCCAAAAUCCAUGUAAACCUACAUUGAGUUAGGCAUAUGGAUGCGAAUAGGGAAAUGCUCAU